GAACAAGUUCCAGUUUACCAUCCAACUCCUAGCCAGACCCGCCUAGCCACACAGCUUACGGAGGAAGAACAGAUUAGAAUAGCACAACGGAUAGGCCUUAUACAGCACCUGCCAAAAGGAGUCUAUGAUCCUGGAAGAGAUGGUUCGGAGAAAAAGAUCAGAGAAUGUGUGAUCUGUAUGAUGGACUUUGUUUACGGGGACCCUAUCAGAUUCCUGCCCUGCAUGCAUAUUUACCAUCUGGACUGUAUAGAUGACUGGUUGAUGAGAUCUUUCACGUGUCCUUCCUGUAUGGAGCCAGUUGAUGCAGCAUUAUUGUCCUCUUAUGAGACUAACUGAGCCAGAGUGUCUCUUCUGACCUGUCAAGAAAACAUCAUUUUUAAUGGAUUAUACCUAUCAUUCUACCCAAAGAACCAGAGAUAGUAAACAAAAUCAUGCACACAAAAAGCUCAUUUCCUUAAAAAUUACAAGACAAUAAUUUCCAACUAAGGUAAUUGAUAAUGAGAGGAAAGAAGAGACAUCUUUUAGGGAAUAUAGACACAUAGGAUGCUAUUUUUAUGUAAAGCCUUGAUCCAGUGCUUAAAAAUAGUUACUCUUCAUGAAAGCCUGCUAGCAUACCCAUCCAGAGGAAUUGCGUGAAGAGUAAUAGUAGAUACUAAAUAUUAAAUUGUGUGGACUUCAAUUAGCAAGAUAUUCUGCUCAAGCAUCAUUGACUCAAACGAGAGUAUUGCGAUGAGAAAAUGUACUCUGCUUGUAUGAGAGAGAGCAGAAGCAGUGUGAGACGCACAUGUGUACUUGGAAGAAAGAGAAAGAGGUACUGAAACAUCCUUUCUCCUAAGGAAAAGGGCAUGUCUGCUCAGAUUGCUCACAGGUUCCUGGUAUUUGGGUCAAUGCUCUAUUUACAAAAAAUCCUACGUUUUUAUAACACUGGCACAAAAAUAGUUUUAAGCUUGUUUGCACAAUUCUUUUUUUAUCCAUUGGAAAUGGAAUCCAUUUUGCCUUAGUCUUUUUAAAUAGCAUAUUCUUAUGUUUGAGCUGGCUCUAUGCUUGAAAAUCAGUUUAUUUAUAACCUGUUAUACAAGUGCUAUAUGUUGUUUGCAGUUAGGAUUAUGUGGACUUCAAAAAGAUCUCCUGGCUUAUACGCAAAUGUGAGAUGCACUAUCUCUUUUCUGUACGCAACAUUUUAAUGUCGAGGUAUUAAAGAAAAAUCAGAAGACAAGCCAGUGCUUUUCUUUCCCUGCCUUGCAUUUUGCCUAAAGUUUGCUGAACCAAGAUCAAUGUUAUUAUUGGCAGGUAAAGACAGAGAACGGUGAACAUGUAAGCAUGAUAAAGAUCACCUAUCAUCACAAAAUUUGUUUAAAUACCCAUCUUACAAAAAGUAUUACAUGGGACCAUAUAAAAAAGAUACUGCAUCUUUCAUUCUUGUAGUUCUUAGAUUUGAAAGACCAUACUGUGUCUUAGUCUAUGUAAUCAAUGUAUCUUUUGUAUUUUGUUGGCUGGCAAAGCAGUCUGUCAAGCAGAUGUUAAAUAAUCUAUAUUUUAUGUUUUGUACAAAAAUGCAAAAAUUGUAUUUGGCACAGAAUUACAUAGGACUGAUCAAGUGAGUGAACUGCAGCUCGUGAGGGCUGUUUUGAGUUAUUGUAUGUCUGAAACCAGAAAAAGGUGUGCUUGUAGAGAAAGUCAUGCAAGGAAAGUGUAGUUAUAAAAACAGUUGUCAAUUUAGCAUGUGGGGCUUUGUCCUAUUGAGUGUUCUUUAAUGUAAUUUUUAUACAUUUGACUUAUAGCCAAUUCUUUUAAUUUAGCAUGAGAUACAGGCUCCAGUUAAUAGCACUGUAUUACGGAGGACUGGACAUGAUUUUAAAAGUUGUAUUUAAACAAACUGCUGCACUGAAGACAGUAAGCUUAACAGUAUAGAGUAAUUAGAUGUCAAAUAAUUUCUACAAGGUUAGUAGUAUGCAAACAUCUGACAUAUGGCUUAUUUCUUAUUCUGCAGAACCUUUCAUUCAGAUGCUUCAGUCCAUAUCCAAAGUGCACACUCGUUUAUUCAUACAGCUCCUAUGCAAGCAGAUUUUCUCUCCAAAUUAUAGUGAGCAAGGCAUAUCGAGCAUGAUCAGAGUUAGCCUUAGAAAUGAAAACAAAAACAAAAACAGAGGCUGGGGAAGAGCUCCGUAUGUGCCUCAGCACCCUUGUACCUGUCUAAAUAGCUCAAUUGCAGUUCUGCAUCAGAUACAGAUGGCUACACUAUGGUGCAUCGAAGAAAGCCGUUUGAAGCAAGUACCAUGUUAGGUUGAUUUACAUUUUACAAGAAACUUUUUAGUGCAACCCCCUUCAACUGUUCUUAAUUACCAGAAGUAAAGAGAGAUAAAAGGAAGUUGUGCAAUAUUUUCAGAGUAAACCAUACUACCUUAUAAUUCCAUGUGUUUUUUCCAUAAAUGUUAAUGUCUAUCUUGUUAAGUAUUAUAGCCAGACUUUUCUUCUUUUACCUUGGAUGUUAAAUUGGCAAAUGAACCAUUUUUAAACACCUUAUUCAU